AUGAUGUACCCGAAGCGAAGCCGCUAAGCCCUGUCCGCACAAACACCACUUCCAAGGCCUCACGACGGUCAACAUUCGACAACCUCACUAUCGUUAGACUGCCCAUCAAGCUCGUCGUCGCGAUAAGCCUUCAAGAUGCCGAGCCACAAGAGUUUCCGUACCAAGCAGAAGCUUGCCAAAGCUCAGAAGCAGAGCCGUCCUAUCCCUCAAUGGAUUCGUCUGAGGACCGGUAACACCAUCAGAUACAACGCCAAGCGGAGGCACUGGCGUCACACUCGCCUCGGCCUGUAAAUUCGAUUCAACGACAAUCCGUCCCUUCCUCCCCUUCCGAUCCUAUAUUGUCUUCACUUACACACCUCUUUUCGUUGAAUUUUGAUACCGCAGAGGCGCAAAAAGAGAAAAUUCGCUCUCGCUAUUCAACCACGUUCCUACACCUCUGUUCGGUCGUGCUUUUAACCGUUCAAUUGAUGCUCUAAUCGUCUUUGCUUUCUGCGUUUCCGUGACCGGCUUGGUUCAUCUGACAACAGCGGUGAUGAAAGAGGAAGGGGCAUGUGGAACAGAGACAGAUUACGGAUUCGUUUAGGGCAAAAAGCGAUGACUAGCUCAGGGUGGACGUGAAUUGGAUGAAUUAGGAUGUAUUACGAGCUGAAUAAAAUAAUUCUGAUGGGCAGUAUAAAAUGUCGAACGGUGAACGAAUUCUAUCCUUGAAUAAUAGCGUCUAGCCGCUGGAUUUGAACUUCAGCUUGUCGAGAUAAGAUGAAAGUGGGGUGAGUGCCUUUAUAUCGUAUGCGUAUCAACAUUCGCAGACGUACCAGCGCUAUCUGAACUGGUAGAUAAAUUAGUAGGACCUUGGGGAAAGUUUUUACAUUACUCCUGGUAUUGCUUCCAAGUCCAAUGUCCGAUUUAUGAGAAUAAAAACUAGGAGCCAU